CCCAGUUAAGAAUAGAAUUCUCCUCCACUUCUCUCUCUCUCUCUACUGCUCUCUCUCUCUCUCCCUCUCUAUCAAUCCCUCCCCUUUGAUCUCUGUAAAACCCUAAUUAUCAAUCGCAAGGAAGGUUUUUGAUUCUCACUGCGCCCCGAAGUUUCGAUUCUACCGAGGCCCUGCAAUCGCAAUCAUCGCCUUGGCGUCCCCUGAUUACUGCCGGAGUGUGAUUGGAACCUCUUCCCCCGGCAACUCAGUUGAUUGCCCGCUGACUUCGGCCAGUCGGCUGGGGGUGCUCUGCCUUGAUCAAUUCUCGGGGACUGGGGAUUGAUCGGCCCUAAGAAGUAUUCCCCGUCCGUGCAAUGCGUACGGUCACAUGAUGAAGCUGAAGCGGAGAGCUCUGGAAGUGCCUCCAAAAAUCAGAUCCUUCAUCAAUAGCGUGACUGUGGUUCCUCUUGAAAAUAUAGAAGAACCCCUCAAAUGUUUUUCUUGGGAGUUUGAUAAGGGGGAUUUUCAUCAUUGGGUUGAUCUCUUUGAUCAUUUUGAUUCCUUUUUUGAGAAGUACAUAAAAUCAAGGAAGGAUUUGCAGCUUGAGGAAAAUUUUUUGGAGUCUGACCCUCCAUUUCCUAAAGCUGCAGUUCUCCAAAUUCUUCGUGUUAUAAGGAUAAUUUUGGAGAACUGCACCAACAAACACUUCUAUAGUUCAUAUGAGCAGCACCUUUCAGCAUUACUUGCCUCCACUGAUGUGGACGUGGUUGAGGCUUGUCUGCAGACCUUGGCUGCUUUUUUGAAAAAAGCCAUUGGAAAGUGCUCAAUCAGAGAUUCUUCUUUGAGUUCCAAGUUGUAUGCACUUGCACAAGGAUGGGGCGUGAAGGAAGAGGGACUUGGACUAGUUGCUUGUGCAUUGCCUAACGGAUGUGAUCCUAUUGCACAGGAAUUAGGCUCCACUCUCCAUUUCGAGUUCUAUGCAGAUAAGGAUUCGGCCAAUGAGCAGCAGACUGGAGAAGGGCUGAAAAUCAUUCACUUGCCCAGUGUCAGCAGUUGCCCAGAAAGUGAUCUGGAGCUUCUGGACAAGUUAAUCAAAGAAUAUAAAGUACCCAGUAGUUUGAGAUUCUCAUUGUUGACGAGAUUGCGUUUUGCAAGGGCAUUCGGAUCUUUAGCUUCUCGGCAGCAAUACACCAGCAUUCGGCUCUAUGCUUUCAUCGUUCUAGUUAAAGCAAGCAGCGAUGCUGAUGAUUUGACAUCUUUCUUCAACGCAGAGCCAGAGUUCAUCAAUGAACUAUUAUCAUUGUUGAGCUAUGAAGAAGAAGUUCCUGAAAAGAUCCGUAUUCUGUGUCUGCUUUCACUGGUGGCUCUUUGUCAGGACAGGAAUCGUCAGGCCUCUGUUCUUGCUGCUGUCACAUCUGGUGGACACCGUGGGAUUCUUUCCAGCCUGGUACAGAAGGCUAUUGAGUCUGUCACCAGUGGCUCCUCGAAGUGGCCUGUAGUGUUUGCAGAGGCUCUUCUAUCUCUUGUAACUGCUCUGGUUUCAUCUUCAAAUGGAUGCUCAGCAAUGAGGGAAGCUGGGUUUAUUGCCACCCUCCUGCCCCUACUUAAAGACACGGACCCACAGCACUUGCAUUUGGUCAGCACUGCUGUGCAUAUUCUUGAAGCUUUCAUGGAUUACAGCAACCCAGCGGCUGCGUUGUUCAGAGAAUUAGGGGGCUUAGAUGAUACUGUGGCUCGCCUUAAGGUAGAAGUGUCUUAUAUCGAGAAUGGUGCAAAGCAGCAAGUUGAGGCAACUGAUUGUGGGGAGAAUGUGCAAGCUGUUGCACCUGCUGCUUCCAGUGAUCUGGACAAUGUGCAGCCACUUUAUUCUGAAGCACUAGUCUCAUACCAUCGAAGGCUGCUUAUGAAAGCUUUGCUCCGUGCAAUAUCCCUCGGCACUUAUGCUACUGGGAAUGCAUCCAGUGUGUACGGCUCCAACGAGAACCUCUUGCCUCAAUGCUUGUGUAUAAUUUUCCGGCGGGCAAAAGACUUCGGCGGAGGUGUUUUCUCACUUGCUGCGACUGUCAUGAGUGAUUUGAUUCACAAAGAUCCAACAUGCUUUUCUCUCUUAGAUGCUGUGGGUCUUCCUUCAGCUUUCUUGGAUGCUAUAAUGGAUGGUGUUCUAUGCUCUUCAGAGGCAGUUUCAUGCAUACCUCAAUGCUUGGAUGCCCUGUGCCUUAAUACUGCAGGGCUCGAGGCUGUGAAAGAUCGGAAUGCAUUGAGGUGCUUUGUCAAGAUAUUUACUUCCAGAGCUUAUCUGCGCGCACUGACUGGUGAUACACCUGGUACCUUGUCCAGUGGGUUAGAUGAACUGCUGCGCCAUGCAUCGUCUCUGCGUGGAUCUGGUGUGGAGAUGCUGCUUGAGAUUUUGAAUACCAUUUCAAAUAUUGGAUCCGCAGGUGAAACGACUAAUUUGUCCAGUGAGUCAGCUCCUGUUCCUAUGGAAACUGAUGCUGAAGGAGGGAGUUCAGUUUCUCCAGAUGAAGGCGAUUCUUCCAAGGCUGUUGUCAAUUCAGAGCAGACCUCGGAGACUUCGUCAGAUGCUUCAGUAACAAACAUUGAGGGCUUCCUUCCAGAUUGUGUAUGCAAUGCUGCACGGCUUCUUGAAACUGUCCUUCAGAAUGCUGAGACCUGCCGUAUAUUUGUUGAAAAAAAGGGGAUUGAAGCAGUUUUACAGUUGUUGACAUUGCCUUCAAUGCCACUCUCAGUUCCCCUUGGGCAUAGCUUGUCUAUUGCCUUCAAAAAUUUCUCACUGCAGCACUCUGCUUCUCUGGCUCAUGCUGUAUGCUCUUUCCUCAGACAAUAUUCAAGCACCACAAACAGUCUUUUGGAGUCUGUUGCUGGGACUCCGCUUGCUGCAGUUGAAUCAGCAAAGCAAGCAAAAAUUCUGAGAAACCUUUCUAUUCUUGAAGACAUUCUGAGUCUCUCCAUUUUCCUGUUGAAGGGGACAACUACUUUGUUUACUGAACUGGGUGCUGCAGAUGCUGAUUCAUUGAAAGAUCUCGGUAGAACAUACAGGGAGGUGAUCUGGCAAGUAUCAUCAUGCAACGACUCUAAGGUGGAAGAAAAGAAGGCUGUUGAACAAGAUCAGGAGAAUGCAGACGCGGGUUCUUCUAAUCCUGUUGCUAGAGAGAGUGAUGAUGAUGCAAACAUGCCAGUGGUUAGAUACAUGAAUCCGGUUUCCAUAAGGAAUGGUUCUCAGUCCUUGUGGGGUGGAGAGCGUGAGUUCUUCUCAGUUGUCCGCUCAGGUGAAAGUUUGCACCGGCGCAGCCGACACGGUUUCUCGCGCAUAAGGGGUGGAAGGACAGGGAGGCACUUGGAGGCUUUGAAUCUAGAGCCUGAGGUUCAGACUAGUACUCCAGAGACCUCUUCCCACAAUGUGAAAAAGAAGAGUCCUGAUGUUCUUGUCCUGGAGAUUCUGGGUAGGUUGGCCACCACUCUGCGAUCCUUUUUCACGGCUCUUGUCAAGGGAUUCACCUCAUCAAACCGACGCAGAGGUGACUCUGCAUCGAUGGUGUCUGCUUCAAAGACCCUAGGCUCUGGCCUGGCAAAAAUAUAUUUUGAGGCUCUUAGCUUCUCUGGGCAUUCUAAUUAUCAGAGGACGGAUUUGUCUCUGUCCGUGAAAUGCCGUUAUCUCGGAAAAAUUGUUGAUGACAUGGCAGCACUUACGUUUGACAGCCGUAGACGGACGUGUUACGCAUCAAUGAUCAAUAACUUCUAUGUUCACGGAACUUUUAAGGAGCUGCUUAUGACUUUUGAGGCCACAAGUCAGUUGCUAUGGACUCUGCCCUAUUCUGCUCCAGCUCCAGCCACUGAUCAUGAUAAGGUGGUUGAAGAAACUAGGUUGUCGCACAGCACGUGGCUCCGGGACACUCUGCAGAGCUAUUGCCGCGAGUUGGAAUAUUUUGUUAACUCUGCUUUCUUGAUAUCUCCAACCUCAACAUCUCAGGCUCAGCAACUUAUUCAGCCAGUUACAACUGGCCUCUCAAUCGGGUUAUUUCCUGUUCCAAGGGACCCUGAGGUCUUCGUCCAAUUGCUGCAGUCUCAGGUUCUUGAUGUGAUACUUCCUGUUUGGAACCACCAGAUGUUUCCAAACUGCAGUCCUGAGUUCAUAGCUUCGAUGAUUUCGCUGGUCACACAUGUGUACUCGGGAGUUGGUGAUGUGAAGCGAAAUCGUGCAGGAAUCACAGGGAGUACAACGCAACGAUACAUGCCCCCACCUCCUGAUGAAGCCACUAUCACAACCAUUGUUGAGAUGGGUUUUACAAGGGCAAGAGCAGAAGAAGCACUGAGACGGGUUGAAUCAAACAGUGUGGAGAUGGCAAUGGAGUGGUUGUUUAGUCACGCAGAGGAUCCCGUGCAAGAGGAUGAUGAACUAGCCCGGGCUUUGGCUCUGUCACUUGGGAAUUCAUCUGAAACGACCAAGUCUGAUGUUGCUGACAAGCCGAUGGAUGUUGCUACAGAUGGGCCCCAAGCAAAGGCACCUCCAGUUGAUGAUGUUCUCUCUGCUCUGGUGAAGUUGUUUCAGAACAGCGAUGUGAUGGCAUUCCCUUUGACUGAUCUGCUUGUUACGCUCUGCAAUCGGAAGAAAGGAGAAGAACGGCCGAAGGUGAUUUCUUUUCUUAUACAACAGUUGAAGCUCUGUAGACUGGAUUUCUCAACAGACACAAGUGCACUGUGUAUGAUAUCUCAUGUUAUAGCAUUGGUUCUCUCCGAAGACGGAAGUGCACGUGAAAUAGCUGCUCAGAAUGGGAUUGUCUCAGCUGCUAUAGACAUUUUGAUGAACUUCAGGGCUAGAAACGAGCUAGCAGACGAGACUGUGGUUCCAAAAUGCAUCAGUGCUUUGCUACUUAUCUUGGACAACAUGCUUCAGCCCAGGCCAAAAGUUCUUUCUGAAAACUCUGAGGGCGUUAAUACUGGGUCUUUAGCCGAACCAUCUCCUGAGCAGGAUUCUCUCUCCAUCCUUGCACCGGUUACAGAAAACAAAGCUGGUUCGGAAUUACCUGAUAAGGAAUCUGGCACUGUGUUGGAAAAGAUAUUUGGCAACUCAACCGGAUAUCUGACAAUAGAUGAGAGUCAGAAGUUGUUGCAAGUUGCCUGCGACUUCAUUAAGCAGCAUGUGCCUUCCAUGAUGAUGCAAGCUGUUCUGCAGAUAUGUGCUCGUUUGACGAAAACACAUGCUCUGGCUCUGCAAUUUCUUGAAUAUGGUGGAUUGGCAGCUCUUUUUAGUCUCCCAAGGGCUUGCUUCUUCCCUGGGUAUGAUACAGUUGCAUCUGCCAUCAUUAGGCAUCUACUUGAGGAUCCUCAGACUCUACAAACAGCUAUGGAAUUGGAAAUAAAGCAGACGUUGAGUGGAAGCAGACAUGGUGGGCGUGUAUCACCAAGAACAUUCUUGACAUCCAUGGCUUCUGUUAUAUCUCGAGAUCCCACUGUUUUCAUGAAAGCUGCCUCGGCUGUUUGCCAGUUGGAGACGUCAGGAGGGAGGACCUUAGUCGUGUUGUUGAAGGAAAGGGACAAAUCAAAAUCAUCUGCAAGUGAGCCUGGGUUGUCUUUGAAUGAAUCUGGUAAUAAGAUGCAGGAUGGAUCCGUGAAGUGCUCCAAAAGCCACAAGAAGGUUCCAGCAAAUUUAACUCAAGUUAUUGACCAGCUUCUUGAUAUUGUAUUGAAGUUCCCUUCAUCCAAAGGCCAGGAAGAUUCUGGCUGUGACUUGACAUUGAUGGAGGUAGAUGAACCAGACACAAAGGUGAAGGGUAAAGCAAAGGUUGAUAGUACCAGAAAGAGUGAUUCAGAAUCUGAGAGAUCUGCUGCACUAGCUAAGGUCACUUUCGUCCUCAUUCUGUUGAGUGACAUUCUCUUGAUGUAUGCACAUGCAGUUGGGGUCAUAUUAAAACGGGAUCUUGAACUGCAAGGGUCUAAUCAAUUGGAAAGUUCUGGAAAUGGUGGUUUGCUCCAUCAUAUUCUACAUCACCUCCUCCCUCUAUCAGCUCAGAAAUCUGCUGGACCCGAUGAAUGGAGGGACAAGUUGUCUGAGAAAGCUUCUUCCUUCUUGGUUGCUCUCUGUGGCCGAUCUGCUGAAGGGCGGAGGAGAGUUAUCUGUGAGCUUGUUAAAACGUUUUCAUCUUUCUCAAACCUGGAGAGCAACUCUAGCAGAACGACUCUGUUGCCAGAUAAGAAGGUUUCGUCUUUUGCUGAGCUGGCAUAUUCUAUUUUGUCAAAGAAUUCAUCCCCUGGUAACUUGCUUGGUUCUGGGUGUUCCACUGAUGUGGCAAAAAGUAUGAUUGAUGGAGGCAUGGUUCAGUGCUUGGCCAGCAUUCUCCAAGUAAUAGACUUGGAUCAUCCUGAUGCUCCCAAGAUUGUAACUCUUAUAGUCAAGUCUCUGGAGAGCCUCACAAGGGCUGCUAAUAUGAGUGAGCCAGUCUUCAGGCCUGAAGCAUUGAAUAAGAAAAAGAACGCGAUUUCAAGCGAAACAGUGAAUGAACAGGCAAGUGCACCAUCACCUGCUGAGUUGGCUGAGGAAAACCAGGACAGCUUCAAUCAACAAGAAGCUCCAGGUACAGUUGAGAUGCAAGAACAACAGCACCGAGGCGGAUCUCCUGAAGGUGAAGGCAAUAUGCAUGAAGAGAAUCCUAAUAAUUCUGAGGGCCAAGAUAUGAGGAACGAAGUGGAGGCAAUGGCUUCGAGCCCCACAACAAAUCUUGGGAUGGACUUCAUAAGGGAAGAGAUGGAGGAUGGGGGCCCACCUCAUGGUGGGAAUCACAUCGAGGUGACAUUUCGCGUCGAGGGCAGAGCAGAUGAUGAUAUGGGUGAUGAGGAUGACAUGGGGGAAGAUGCUGAGGAGGAUGAUGACGACGAUGAUGGGGAGGAUGAGGAUGAAGCUGAGGAUGGCACUGGCAUGAUGUCACUUCCCGAUACUGAUGUGGAAGAUCAUGAUGAUACUGGUAUGGGAGAUGACUUUAAUGAUGAUAUGAUUGAUGAAGAUGAUGACGAUUUCCACGAGAAUCGUGUAAUAGAAGUCAGAUGGAGAGAAGCUCUCGACGGUCUCGAUCAUCACCUGCAGGUGCUUGGGCAACCUGGAGCGAGUGGAGGCCUCAUUGAAGGGUGGAACAUGGAUGACCUCUUUGGCCUCCGUCGGACUCUGGGUUUUGAGAGGCGUAGACAGACGGGUCGGUCUUCCUUUGAUAGAUCUGCCACAGAAGCUUCUGGUUUUCAACAUCCUCUUUUGGUGAGGCCAAAUCAGGCAGGAAACAUGGUCUCUCUGAGGGACUUAGAAUCUCUGCCAGCGGACAGCUUUGAUGCAUCUCAUUUCUACAUGUUUGAUGCCCCCGUUCUUCCUUAUGAUCAUGUACCUAGUAGUCUCUUUAGUACUCGCAUUGGGAGCAGCUCGGUGCACCCACCUUUGGGUGACUACUCAAUAGGGCUGGACUCAUUGCAGUUACCAGGACGGAGAGGGCUUAGCGAUGGCCGUUGGACUGAUGAUGGGCAACCCCCAGCGGGUCCUCAAGCGUCUGCUAUUGCCCAAGCUGUAGAGGAACAGUUCUUAUCUCAACUGCAGCGAAGCUCUCCUCCUGCUGAGAGGCAGCUACAGAGUUCAGGGCCACAGGAGAAUCAGCUGCUUGAUGCCGCUACCAACAAUGGCAGCCGUCAGACAGCUGAAGGCGGUAUUGAUGAGACCCAAAGAAGCGAAGAUCAGAACGAAGAAAUCGGCAAUGAAGUGCGAAAUCAGCAGAUUAAUCCCGCUGUCGAGAGCAUUCCCUCCCAAGAGCAAAUCAAUCCCGAGUCUUCUGCUGCAGAGGAGCCCAUGUCUAUCCAGCCACUUUCACUGAAUAGCAGUCCUAAUCAACAAGAUAACAUGGAGAUAGGGAAUGGUGAUAGCGCAACUGCUACUGGGGAAGGCGAGACAUUCCUUGAGUUUGUCAUCUCAUCUAUGGAGACUGGUGGUGGUCAGGCUGAUCCUGAUGCUGAGGAUGUGUCAGCUCGUGCAGUAGUUCGUGAUGAAUCUUUAGAGAGUACUGAUAUAGGAGCUGCUGAUGGAACAGCUUCGGGGAUGCCCGAUGAUGGUCAGGCUGCAGCUGCCCGGCCUACUACUGUUGAUGUUGAUAUGAGCAGCUCUGACAAUGAAAUUGGUCAAGCUGAUCCGUCUGGGGCUGUGGCCGAAUCAUUGCAACCAGAGGCUGUUGCUACUGUGAAUGCUGAUCUGCCUGAGCAAGCAGCAGUCAACAGUGAGGUUCCAGGUGGGAAUGCGAUUGACCCAACUUUCUUGGAGGCUUUACCUGAAGACCUCCGUGCAGAAGUUCUAGCUUCUCAGCAAGCUCAGCCUGUUCAGCCACCAGCCUAUGUGCCACCUUCUGCAGAUGAAAUAGAUCCCGAGUUUUUGGCUGCCCUUCCUCCUGAUAUCCAAGCAGAAGUUUUGGCUCAACAAAGAGCCCAGAGAGUAACCCAACAGGCCCAGCCUGUUGACAUGGACAAUGCCUCAAUAAUUGCUACAUUUCCUGCUGACUUGCGUGAAGAGGUACUUUUGACUUCAUCUGAAGCAGUCCUCUCAGCAUUACCCUCUCCCUUGCUUGCUGAAGCUCAAAUGCUCAGGGACCGAGCAAUGAGUCACUAUCAGGCUCGAAGCCUUUUUGGAGGCAGCCACCGGCUAAGCAGUCGAAGGAAUGGCUUAGGAUUUGACAGGCAGCCUGCCAUGGACAGAGGUGUUGGAGUAACAAUUGGGCAGAGGGCAGCGUCUGCUGUUUCAGAUAACUUGAAGUUUAAAGAAAUUGAAGGUGAACCACUUCUGGAUUCCAGUGCAUUGAAAGCAUUGAUUCGCCUCCUUAGAUUAGCACAGCCUCUUGGUAAAGGCCUUCUGCAAAGACUCUUGCUGAACUUGUGUGCACAUAGUGCAACCAGGGCAAAUUUAGUCCACCUUUUGCUUGGCAUGAUCAAGCCUGAGGCUGAAGGUCUGCCAGGUGGAUUGGCCACAAUCAACUCUCAGAGGCUCUACGGAUGCCAGUCAAAUAUCGUCUAUGGUCGUUCGCAGCUGCUGGAUGGUCUUCCUCCUCUGGUUUUGCGUCGCAUUGUUGAAAUUUUGACUUACUUGGCCACAAAUCAUUCUGCCGUUGCGAGUAUGCUCUUCUAUUUUGAUCCCUCGAGUUUGGCAGAAGCUUCGAGUUUAGGAUAUUUGGACUCGAAAUCAUACAAAGGCAAAGAGAAAGUGGUUGAAGGAGUUUCUUCAAAUGGAUCUCAAGAUGCUCAGGCCGAAGUUCCUCUAGUAAUCUUCCUGAAGCUCUUGAACAGACCACUCUUUUCUCGGAGUACUACUCAUUUCGAGCAGGUACUAGGUCUUAUCCAAGUAGUAGUCUAUGAUGCUGCUGCUAAGUUGGAAUCUGAGUCUCAAUCUGAGAAAGCAAUCGAUGAUGCUAAGGUUCCACCUGAACAAACUGGUGACCUUAAGAAAGAGAAAUCUUCAAAUGGUCCAGAAAACACUAGUGACAGCAAUGAUAAAGAGGCUAAAAGCACCACUGAUGAGACAUCCUCUUCAAAACCAAAGACGAGCGUCAACAUAUACGAUGUCCUCUUGCAGCUGCCAAAGUCUGAUCUUCGCAAUUUAUGUAGUCUGCUUGGUCGUGAAGGGCUUUCAGAUAAAGUCUAUCUGCUUGCUAGUGAGGUGCUGAAAAAGUUGUCCCGAGUUGCUGCCCCCCAUCGGAAGCUUUUCAUAAUGGAACUCUCAGAACUGGCUCAUGAUCUGAGCAGCUCAGCUGUGAACGAGCUUGUGACACUGCGGAACACCCACAUGCUGGGCUUGAGUGCUGGUUCUAUGGCCGGGGCUGCAAUCCUGCGUGUGCUUCAAGCUCUAAGUUCGCUCACCGCCGCUGGUGUUGGUGGGGCCAAAGGUCUCGAUGCCGAUAAGGAACUGGAGGAGCAAACCACAAUGUGGAAGUUGAAUCUCGCACUAGAGUCUUUGUGGCAAGAGCUGAGCGACUGUAUAGGUGUGACUGAGGCCCAGCUCAGUCAAAGCUCUUUGGGCCCCACCAUGCCAAAUGUAAACGUCGUGGACCAAGUUCAGGGAAUCUCAGCAUCACCUCCCCUUCCUCCUGGGACUCAACGCCUCCUGCCUUACAUUGAAGCCUUCUUUGUUUUGAGUGAGAAGCUACAGGCUAGUAGUAGCACAACCGUACAGCAGGACCAGGCAACUGUCACUGCUACAGAAGUCAAGGAAUGCGUUGGAGCUUCCACUUCAUCAUCAACAACGAAGAGCAGUGCGGAUUCCCAGAAAAGGCUGGAUGGUUUGGUCACAUUUGUGAAGUUCGCUGAGAAGCAUCGCCGCCUCCUGAAUGCCUUCAUCAGACAGAACCCGGGCUUGCUGGAGAACUCACUCUCUAUGAUGCUGAAGGCACCAAGGCUCGUUGACUUUGACAACAAGAGAUCCUACUUCAGAUCGAGAAUCAGGCAGCAGCACGAGCAGAGCCUCUCAGGUCCGCUUCGCAUCAGCGUGAGACGGGCCUAUGUUCUGGAGGACUCGUACAAUCAGUUGAGGAUGAGGUCCACUCAGGAGCUUAAGGGACGGCUUAAUGUGCAGUUUCAGGGUGAAGAAGGCAUCGAUGCUGGUGGCCUGACCCGAGAGUGGUAUCAGUUAUUAUCUAGGGUUAUAUUCGACAGAGGAGCAUUGCUCUUCACCACUGUUGGAAAUAAUGCAACAUUUCAGCCGAACCCUAAUUCUGUCUAUCAAACCGAGCAUCUCUCCUAUUUCAAAUUCGUGGGCCGCGUGGUGGCGAAGGCAUUGUUUGAUGGGCAACUUUUGGAUGUUCAUUUUACUCGGUCAUUUUACAAGCACAUACUCGGUAUAAAAGUGACUUACCAUGACAUUGAGGCUGUUGAUCCUGACUAUUACAAGAAUCUCAAGUGGAUGCUCGAGAAUGAUGUCAGCGAUAUUCCUGAUCUGACAUUUAGCAUGGACGCGGAUGAGGAAAAGCACAUCCUUUAUGAGAAAAAUGAGGUCACUGAUUACGAGCUCAAACCUGGAGGAAGGAACAUAAGGGUCACGGAAGAAACAAAGCAUGAAUAUGUUGAUCUCGUUGCUGACCACAUCUUGACUAACGCUAUUCGGACUCAAAUCAAUUCUUUCCUAGAAGGCUUCAGUGAAUUGAUUCUACGUGAUCUUAUCUCCAUAUUCAACGACAAGGAGCUUGAGCUGCUUAUCAGCGGGCUUCCAGAAAUUGAUUUGGAUGACCUGAGAGCCAACACCGAGUACACUGGCUACACAGCAGCUUCUAGCGUCGUUCAGUGGUUCUGGGAUGUUGUCAAAGGUUUCACCAAGGAAGACAUGGCAAGGUUGCUGCAAUUUGUAACUGGAACCUCGAAGGUUCCACUGGAGGGCUUUAGAGCUCUACAAGGUAUAUCAGGUCCUCAGAGGUUUCAGAUUCAUAAAGCUUAUGGGGCUCCCGAUCGACUACCCUCAGCACAUACAUGUUUCAAUCAACUCGACCUGCCAGAAUACACUUCGAAAGAGCAGCUGCAAGACCGCCUGCUUCUUGCAAUCCAUGAAGCCAGCGAAGGGUUUGGGUUUGGUUAACUGAUGUUUCUGUGGGAUGAUGUAUUUCGCAGCUCCGAUCAGAUUGGCAUAUGAUUCAACCCUUCCAAGCUGCGGGGUCUGCAGGUGCAAAUAUGCUACAGGGACUUUUGUGCACAUAUUAAGACAUUACCUGCCUCAACUAUCGAUUCUCGGGUUUUGCCGGGCAGGGAAAUAUGAGGUUCAGUUCUUUCCCCCAUCAUCGAGGCAGGAUUUAGCUCGCUCUUCUCUCAGAUUGCAGUAGAUAGCCUAGUAGUGGGAUAUACCCCCGUGUUCCGCUCUAUCAGAGUGCCCAGUAUUUUUGCCGCCGACCACCAUUAUCUCUUUUUGUAAUUCCAAACUUGGAACAUGGAAUCCUUUUACUCAGUAAAGCGGCGUCUCUUUUGCAAAUUCCUAUUAAUGCAUUCAAUCGUAUUUGAGCGUGC